GAUUGAGUCAAAAGGCCCAAUAAAAUCCUCACUACUUUUUUCCCCCAAUUCCCGAACCGUACGGUUUUCUUGUUCAGAAAGUUUAAUUAAACCCUACUCAUAAAAAUCUUCAUAAACCCAUUUCUUUCUUCUCACACUCGUUCAUUGCAAUCUUCAAGAUGAAUAAUAUGAAGAAUAUGAAAGUUCCAAGUGGUGGUGCUGCUUCAACACUGGCGAAAUUGGGAAUUAUUGGUGGAAUUGGUUUGUAUGCUGCUGCUAACAGUCUUUACAAUGUUGAAGGAGGUCACCGUGCUAUUGUGUUCAAUCGUCUCGUUGGUGUCAAAGACAAGGUUUAUCCUGAAGGAACCCAUUUCGUGAUUCCUUGGUUUGAGAGGCCGGUGAUCUAUGAUGUUCGUGCACGUCCUCAUUUGGUUGAGAGUACUUCUGGGAGUCGUGAUCUGCAGAUGGUGAAAAUUGGACUUCGAGUCCUUACUCGUCCUUUGCCUGGCCAGCUACCUACAGUUUAUCGGACCCUUGGAGAGAACUAUAAUGAACGGGUUUUGCCUUCAAUCAUACAUGAAACUUUGAAAGCUGUGGUUGCCCAGUACAAUGCCAGCCAACUUAUUACACAGCGAGAGGCUGUUAGUCGUGAAAUCCGGAAGAUUCUGACUGAGAGGGCAGCCAACUUCAACAUUGCUCUUGAUGAUGUGUCAAUUACUAGUCUGACCUUUGGCAAGGAGUUUACUGCUGCAAUUGAAGCCAAGCAGGUGGCUGCACAAGAAGCUGAGAGGGCUAAAUUUGUUGUGGAAAAAGCUGAGCAAGACAAGAGAAGUGCUGUAAUUAGAGCACAGGGUGAGGCUAAAAGUGCCCAACUGAUCGGACAAGCCAUUGCCAACAAUCCAGCUUUCAUCACACUGAGGAAGAUAGAAGCCGCGAGGGAGAUAGCACAUGUUAUUGCAAAUUCAGCAAACAAGGUUUACCUGGAAGCAGGUGAUCUUUUGCUGAAUCUUCAGGGGAUCAACUUGGAUCCUAGCAAAAAAUGAGCUGGCUAUUCUGUUUACGGUUCUUAAUAAUUUUCUAGUAUAAAACGAUCAAUUUGAAGGAUGUAAUUUUUCUUGAAAAGUUUCAUGAAUUCUGACCUAGUUGGAAUGAACAGACAACUCUAUGACGGCCUUGUUAAUUUGGGGGAGGGUUUAUCUGAGACCCAAACGAAUGAUCCAAGUUGCAUAAAAUGAACUACCUCCAGUUAUUAUUGAAUCUGGCAUCCUGAUUUAAUUUUGCUGCCUGAAAUAAGUUCGUUGGAUUUUUAUAUUUUUCA